AAAGUUUGUAAUUUGAUUACAACAGCUGUGCUGUGGAGCGGACUGUGUAGCGAUUUUGAUUACAACUUUAUUUUAUUUUUAUAUUACAUUAUAAACUGUAGUGACGUGUUACGUGUACGGAUUUUUUUUAUAUUUAUCGUUGUUAUUUGUAUAUCGGUCAGUGUUACAUUAAAACUGAAUUAUCUAAAAACAUUUCCGCGUUAUACUUAUGUGGAGUCAUUAAUUAAAUAGAUCUUAGUGUGACUCAAGGCUGUACCAAUAAAAGAACCACUAAGCUGAGCUUGUGACUAUUAUGAGAAUUACAAACACAUAAUGGUUGAGGAUAAUGAUCAAAGUUACGGACGGACGGCAAACAAAAAUGUACUAUUGAAAAUAGUAAUACUAGGAGAUGGGGGUGUGGGCAAGUCGUGUUUGAUGAGUAGGUUUAUAUCGAACCACUUUGAUGACCACAACUUUCACACGAUAGGCGUCGAGUUUAUGAACAAAACUAUAGAUGUCAAUGGAAAACAAUAUACACUGCAGAUAUGGGACACAGCUGGCCAGGAACGGUUCAAGUCUUUAAGAACACCAUUCUAUAGAGGGACAGACAUCUGUAUACUGGCAUAUGCUAUAGACGAUAGAAGUUCGUUCAACAAUAUUAAGACGUGGUUAAAUGAGUUCUUACAUUAUGCUGGUGUUAAAAAUGGAAUUGAAAAGUUUCCUUUUAUCGUCGUUGGGAAUAAGUCAGACGUAUCGUCAAAAGACAGAGAGGUCUCAUUUGAUCAGCUAAAAUAUUGGUGCGACGAAAAUAAAAUAUCAACAUACGUAGAAACUUCUGCAAAGACAGACAGCAAUGUCGUUGAAGCUUUCUCGCUGUCCGUACAGAGAUGGGCAGAUUUGGAACAGAAAGCCGAGAAGGAACUCAGGAUGUUCCACCAUCCAGAUACGGUGACACUCCAUGGUUCGAGCGCCGUAUCCAGCUUCCGAACAACUUGCUGUUCUCGGUUUACUUCAUAUGAUACAUAAACUAUUAUCUUAUGGAAGGUAAUUUUCUCAGAUUCAG